AUGUACAUUGCCGUGGUUAUGCUUGUUGGGCGUAUGAUACGUGGUAUCGUUACAAAUGCGCCGCUGGAAGUUAUGAUUUCUGAAAUCCCGAAUCCUGAUUACUUACUUAAAACAUGCCACGAUAUUUAUUUGGUUCGUGAGGCCAAAGAUUUUGUUUUGGAACAG